CAGGUGUCUUCUGGCUUCUUGUAAUUAAAGAGCACACCACAUUUUUGGUAUCCAUAGAGGCGAAAGGCAAUUAAUAUGUCCACUAUUAGGUAGGUAAAGCAAAAGACUACAGAAAUCACACUUUAGAGCUUUAAGUGGGUUUAAUUUGAAAAAUGAUAGCAUGAGUUGAAAGACACAACUGCCAUUCACAAAAAGAUCACAAAUAUAUAAGCUGAAUCAUAUACUCGGUCGGUUGAAGCUGCUAAGUGCUAAGGCUGUGAACCUUUGAGAAAAUGGUUGCUCCUUCCACGUAUUUCUGUUUUGUAGUUUUCUUUUUCUGCUCUUCGAAUUUUGCUUUAAACUCUGCAGUUCAGACCACUAGUCCCUUCAAGAAAAUCUAUGCCUUUGGUGAUUCCUUUACAGACACCGGCAACACCAGGUCUGCGUCAGGUCCUUCUGGUUUUGGCCAUGUCUCAAGCCGUCCAUAUGGCAGCACCUUCUUUCACCACCCCACCAACCGAUACUCUGAUGGGCGGCUUGUGAUUGACUUUGUAACUGAAACAUUGUCCUUACCAUACUUGCCACCCUACCGAGGCCACAAGGGCAAUGCACCUCAUGGGAUCAACUUCGCUGUUGCUGGCUCCACAGCAAUAAAUCAUGCUUUCUUUGUGAAGAACAACCUUACCCUUGACAUGACUCCUCAAUCUAUUCAAACUCAAAUGAUUUGGUUGAACAAGUUCUUGGAGAGUCAGGGCUGUAAAGGGGCCGUGUCAUCAAGCCCUGAGUGCAAGGCAGUAUUUGAUGAUGCAUUGAUCUGGGUUGGUGAAAUCGGAGUCAAUGACUAUGCAUAUACUGUUGGAUCUUCCGUAUCAAGUGACACAAUUAGGAAGCUUGCGAUCAGCAGCGUCACCGGAUUCCUACAGACAUUGCUGAAGAAAGGUGUGAAACAUGUUGUUGUUCAAGGUUUGCCUCCAACAGGAUGCUUGCCAUUGGCCAUGGUCCUGGCUUCUGAAGACGACAGAGAUGAUUUAGGCUGCGUGAAGAGCGCAAACAAUCAAUCCUACACCCAUAAUGUUGUUUACCAAAAGACAGUGCAGGAUCUCAGGAAACAGUUCCCUGAUGCUGUAAUUGCUUAUCUCGACUACUGGAAUGCCUACGCCACGGUUAUGAAGAAUCCGAAGAAGUACGGAUUCAAAGAGCCAUUCAUGGCAUGCUGUGGAUCAGGAGGUCCACCCUACAAUUUUGAAGUGUUUUCAACAUGUGGCACAUCUCAUGCAAGUGCUUGCUCAAACCCUUCUCAGUACAUUAACUGGGAUGGAGUUCAUCUCACCGAAGCCAUGUAUAAGGCGCUCAGUCACAUGUUUCUGAGUGGAACAUUCAGUCAUCCUCCAUUUGGUUCCUUGAUGGACAGGAAACAGCAUGUGUGAAUUGUUCUCCUUCUAACCAGCCUCAGUAAUGGUGUUUAUGAAUUAUGAGAUACUUUUCUGAGUCCUUGAUGUUUCUUUCAAUAAUUUUAGACAUAUAUGAACUUGAGUUGCAUAUGUUAUUGUGCAAGUUUUCUUCGAGAUUCACAGGGGUAGCCAGACUCUUGACUGGAUGGAGAUAAAAGAAAUAAAUGAUGAUAAUUUACGAUA